AUGGCCGCCGGAGACGGGACCCGCCGCUUGCGCGGCCUCGCCGCGUGCCGCAUCCAGCGCCUGGCCAGGCGUUACAUCUGGACGGUAACGAAGAAUCGCCGAGAGGCCGCGGCGCGGGCCGAGCGCGAGGCCCAGCUGGUUGCCCAGAUGGAGGAGCUGCGGAUCAAGAUGCAGGGGGAGAUCAACGAGCUCCGGGCCGAGCUCGCAGAGGCGAAGCAGCUCGCCAAGCAGGGCCAAGCACUGGCGAAGAGGGUGGUCGUCGUGUGCGGCGGCGCGAAGGGCGUCGGCCCGGACAUCGCCUCUCGGCUCGUCAAGGAAGGGGCCAAGGUGGCCGUGGUCGACGCCGACUCCACUUCGGCAAAGGGCAAGGUUAAGGGACUCGACGGAGAAGACGCCUCCGAGAGCAUGGCCAUCUACAUCGAUGCCGACCUCAUGGACGAGACCAGCGUCAAGAAGGCCCUCGCUGAAACCGUCAAGACCCUCGGAGCCAUCGAUGGGCUCGUUAACAUUCCGCCGCCUCCUCCAACAUGCGACUCCAAGACCAACGGACGCCUCCACGACCUCGACCUCAAGAGCUAUGAGGACAUGUUGGUCGCGGAGAUGCAGACGCCGAUGCUGUGCGCGAAGCAAGCGGCCACGGCCAUGACGGGAGUCGGUGGCUCGGUGGUCUUCGUGGCCAACGCCGGGGACCGCGGGCUCACCGACGGCGCCGGUAACGUCGUGGCCAUCUCGUCGCUGACUUCGUCAGCUGCGGCCGCCGCCGGUCCCGACGGGAUCCGCGUGAACUGCGUCACCCACGCCUUGGGACACGAGGACGACAGGCGCAUCCGCGGGGGGCACGGGACCUUCUCGCUGGCCACGAUGCGGGCACCGUCGGCGGAGGACGUGGCCAUGCAGGUGGCCCACCUCAUAUCGGACAGGGCGACCUUCGUCACCGGGCAAACGAUUGCAGCGGAUAGCGUUCGUUUCUGCUAUUGAACAAGAAUAAUGUCCGACAGUUUUGGCGCUACACAAACAUGACCGUUCAUACGCGGUAGUCGGGGUUUCCCACAAAAAAAUCUUGGAGUGCUUUUUCGGGAAUUCCGGUGUUGCUACUGUUGCUGAUGGAAACAAGCAGGUCGACAUCUUGAUGCUUUGGGGGGGGACUCGAUGCGGCGUUUCUCGCCUACCGGGUGUUUUAUCUGACGUAUGUGCUUGUUAUGCCCGAGCAAGGUUUAAACCCGAUCGUAAUUGGUUUAGUUGUAGCGUAGGGAGGCUUCGUGUGUGGCACGUAUUCUACGUAGUCAAAUAGUGAGAUGAUGAUCAGGGCGGAUGCUGCCUUCGUGAAGCCCAAUGAGCGCAGCGAUCAGGUGCUUCUUCAUGUUCCACAGUGUGUAAGUUCAAGUAUGAAGUACCUGUGAGAGGGAGGAGUGUCAGAACGACCCACGGGAAGAAAUGCUGCAUCUUAAAGCAUAGAAUAAAGUAACGUAGACUACGAAGUCAGCCUAAAGCCAUCUUGGCAAACUUAACAAAAGUAGUCACAGCGGGGCGAUGGCGUGUUUGUGGAUGUG